AUGUCCUCUCCUAUCACCCUCCUACUUCUGUCGCCUGAAAUUUCAGGUGGCAUUAGAGCUAGCCGUUUGAAGGCCUCUCAGACCCCCCCUCCUGCAAGAAGGGGUGUUGCCACUCAUGAGGCUGCUCCUCUCUCAGAUUCUCCCCCUGAUGGCACAGACAACCUACCACCCUCUCCACCCUCUCCCAGUCCAUCCCUCCUAUCACCUGGCCCAGGCACUGAUACGGACAACAAUCAUGCUGCUGUUCAGGAUCUGAAUCACUCUCACUUCAUUAUUCUCAGUUACCCUCCCUCCCAUGUUCACCCUCACCCAAGGAUUUAA